AUGGCAAACAUCCUUGACGAAGAUGACGUCGACGCUGAGACCCUUCAGGCUCAGGUCGACAUGUCCAUGGCCUUCACGGAAAAUCUAGUAGCAUCUUGGAUGAAAUCAUCAGAAGGGAAGCUCCCCUCGUCAAAAUGGAGACGCCAGGAUGAAGAGAAGGAGCUGGAGGAAUAUAUGCGUAGGCCUCCCAGGCUUGGCGUUGGUGCCGCAAUUCCGGAGUCGACCAGCGCGUUCGGACGCGAUACGGCGAAGCUCAAGAACAAGCUUACUGGAGGAGCUGGAAAGAAGCGCGCACGAGAGGAGGAGAGAGAGGUGGUCGUCGUGCCCUCGGACGAUGAAGAAGAGAGCAGGGCCGGCGCGAUCAGGAAGAAAGUCAAACUAGAUCCAUUCGCCAAGGUAUCCAAGCCAAAGGAGAAGAAAAACAAGCUCAAAGCGGAAUUGUCGCCUGCGAAAGAACACCUUGUCGCUGUGAAUGUGGAGGAGAAUAUCAAAAUCGAGGAUGUGGUUCCUAUGGAAGGUCAAAUCGAGGGAGAACAGGAAACUGCUGCGCCUCCGUCAUCACCUAAGAAGAAGAAAAAGAAGAAGAAACACAAGGUCGCCGGCAACUCCGUCGUUGACCUCACCGUCUCACCCCUCUCUACGUUCUCUAAACUUGCCCCCGAUUCUGUCGGUUCCGUUCCAAGCUCGGUAAAAGUGCAGGAGGAGUCAACGGUCAUCUCGCGAUUCCUUCAAGGCGUGAAACACUUAACCCGGAGUUUGGACAUCUCUGCGUUCUCAGCCAUUAGUGUGCCCUCUUCUCCCGAGAAAUUGGCUUCGGAGAAUAAAGCCAGAACUUCCGUUGCUUCAGCCGCGAACGUCGCAUCCUCACCAGAGAAGACGAAGCCGGAGCCGAUCGAUGCAAAUUCCCUUCCUCCAAGUCCGGCUAAGCACGCCUCGAAGCCAACACUCAUCUCGGGCGUCCCUUUGCUCAAUCUGGACGGCCCUCCGAUAGAGGUAGAGGAGGACGCGACGACUUCUCCCAAGAAGAAGCGUAAACGAAAGAAGCAUAAAAAGAAGAAAGUGUUAGCUGAUACGCACGUCAGCGGUGAUGCUGAAGAGGAAGGUUGA